GACAGAGCCGACAGUGAAGUGAAGGGUUUCAGACUCAGUCAUGUGUGAUUAAACGGGUGGACUGCAAUGAUCACAGGCGAUCUUAACCGCAAAUCUCGAUGAUAUUGGAUCAUAAAACGAUUUUUCUUAUUGCUCUGGACGGAAGAAAAUGUCCCACUAAGGAAGAAAAAAAACUGUCCUUGACUUAACUAACUUAUAGUUCACAGUAUUUGUUGCCAUACUUGUGCAGCAGCAGCAUCCUUCAUACAGUUUCUAUCACUCUCUCUCUCUCUCUCUCUCUCUCUCUCUCUCUGAAGAGCUGCAGCCAUGCAGCAGGAGCUUUUGUUCAAAGUCCUGGUCAUCGGGGACUUAGGGGUCGGAAAAACCUCCAUCAUCAAGCGGUACGUCCAUCAGAUCUUCUCCCAGCACUACCGAGCCACCAUCGGGGUGGACUUCGCCCUGAAGGUGCUGCAGUGGGACAAUGACACUGUGAUUCGGCUCCAGCUGUGGGACAUAGCAGGACAGGAGCGGUAUGGGAACAUGACUCGUGUCUAUUACCGGGAGGCGGUGGGAGCGCUGAUGGUGUUUGACGUGACGAGGGCCUCCACGUUUGACGCUGUGCUGAAGUGGAAGGAUGAUCUGGACUCCAAGGUAACCCUGAACCACGGGAGGCCAGUUCCAGCUGUGCUCUUGGCCAAUAAGUCCGACCAGCUGGCUUCCCAGCAGCCAAAACUUGACUCCUUCUGCAGGGAGAACGGCUUUGUUGGCUGGUUCGAGACCUCGGCAAAGGAAAACACAAACAUCGAGGAGGCAGUGCGCUGUUUGGUCGAGCACAUCCUGAACAACGAGGAGAGCCCGAUGAUAGAGCGAGACCCCAGCAACCUUGUCCUGUCUGGGUACACUAACACCGCAAAGGAUCAUCUCAACUGCUCGUCGUGUGUGAAAUGGUGACUCCUGACCAGUCACAGACGACCAGGAAGUGAACAGCUGUGAGGCUACGGCCACACAGAUAAGUUUGGCUCAGGGACUGUUUGUAAAAAAAAAAAAACCAUCGCCUUAGCCCACAGUGAGCUUUGUACCAGUGUUCAUCGGCUGUGCUCACACUGCAGGCCAACAUGAUGUGAUUAUACACUAAUGAAAACAUACCUGUGAAAAUUAAAUAACAUUUCUGCCAAUAGAUCAUCCUUUGAUUUAUAUUUCACAACUAUGGAAAACCCAAAUUUAUUUAAUCUUUUUUUGCCAUGGGAAUUGUACAGUCUUAUUUUAUUUUAUUCUUUGGUAUUAAAAAGAUCUUUAAAGUAAUUUCAUUUGCACAUGAAAAUUGCAUUUUUUUUGUUACAUUCUAUGACAUAACCUUAAUAUAUUAUCAAUAUAAACUUACAGUGGAUAAUAUGUACAAUUUUGAACUUAUUUUCCUUCUCUGCUUAUUAUUAUUAUACAUAUAUGACAUUGUGCCUUUGACAUUUGUCUGAACUGACAGCUCCUGACACUUUGGUCUGCAGUGUGAACACAGACAUAAAAACAUGAAGCUUUCUUGCAUUCUUUGCACUUUUCCUCGGGCCAUCAUCAUGCAGUCUACUAUUAGGUCAGUGGACAAGAGGGAGUAAAGUCUUUAAGAGAUGUGAAAACAGCUAAAACUGCAAAUGCUGGAAAUAUCUACAGAGUCGUAAAUUUUAUGCAUAUUGUGGAGCUGAUAUGAGUGCUGUCUGUAUUACGAGCCAUCAAGGUCCUGAGGUGCAUUUUUAUUAAAGUUUAAUCAAAAUUUAA